CUUUGUGUCUCCAACAAUAGAAGGGACCGUCCCAACCAGUCAUAGCAAAGACAUGCGGUCACGAGACCCCUAGGGCUGUAUUAAGUUGUGCCGUCUGGCUGGAAGAGAGGAUGACUGAGUUUGUAUUUGGUUGGAUGUAGAAGAGGAAGAACAACAGUUGCCCUAAAUCCCGUCGCUUCUUCAGGGGACGCAUAGCGUAAGAGAGAAACUAUAAGCUAAAAUGUCUGAGGAAGCAGUGGAGGACGUCGUCGAAGAAGAAGAAGUUGUGGAGGAAGAAGUAAUUGAAGAAGUUCUAGUGGAGGAGAUGGGGGAGGAAGAAGAAGCUCCACCUGGAGUAGAAGAGCCCCCUAUCUCCACUACUGAAGAGCCUGCAGAAGAAGAGGCUCCAGCUGUGGAUGAAGAGCAUCCAGCUGCAGACGAAGACGAAUCAAGGCCCAAACCAAAGGCGUUUGCUCCGACGAUCGCCGUUCCUAAGAUACCAGAGGGGGAAAAAGUCGACUUCGAUGACAUCCACAGGAAGCGUCAGGAGAAGGAUCUGUCUGAGCUGCAGUCUCUGAUCGAGGCCCACUUUAUCCAGAGAAAGAAGGACGAGGAGGAGCUCAUCGCUCUUGUUAACAGGAUUGAGAAGCGUCGUGCUGAGAGGGCUGAACAGCAGAGGAUCCGCACCGAGCAGGAGAAAGAGAGGCAGAAUCGUUUGGCUGAAGAAAAAGAGAGAAAGGAACAAGAGGAGGCUCGUAAGAAGCAAGAUGAGGACGCCAAGAAGAAAAAGGCCCUGACUAACAUGACUCAACAAUAUGGUGGCCAGCAAAGGCAAGAUGGAAGGAAGGGAGCAAAGAAGCAAACGGAGAGGGAAAAGAAGAGAAAGAUCCUGGCAGAGCGGAGGAAACCGCUCAACAUUGACCAUCUGAACGAGGACAAGCUGAAGGAGAAGGCCGGUGAGCUCUGGCAGUGGCUGAUGAUGCUGGAAGCGGAGAAAUUCGACUACACCGAGAAGCUCAAGAGACAGAAAUAUGACAUCAACUUGCUACUGAAUCGGGUUCAGGCCACCCAGAGCGUCAAAGGAAGAGGCAAGGCCAAAGGCAGGGUGAGAUAGACGGCCCCGACCAGACAAGACGCCCGAGCAGGAGUCUGCGUCACAGCAAAAAAAAAACAAGUUGACAGAAAUAAAGCACCGUUUCUGGGUUUUAGAGGAUA